UAAAUUUAGGCGUAAGUUAAAUAAAUAAACAAUUUCAAAAUUUCAGGUAUUUUAUGUUCAUUAAAUAAAAAUUAUACACGUUAAGAAAACAAAUUUUACGAAUAAUUUUUUAAGCUAUCAAAUCUUAGUACAUUUCUUUAAGAAGUAAGCAACAUUUAAAAGAAAUCUCAUUCUAUGGUGCUGUUUUGAAUUAUAACGAUUUUGCUGGAUUCAUCGUAGAAGAAAAUUCGUAAUUAUUGAUGCAGUAGAAUAACCUAUGUUUUAUGAAUAUGAAUGGGGACAGCAUGAAAGAUAACAUCUGUCGAGACUUCUUGCGGAAUGUCUGCAACAGAGGCAGCAGCUGCAAAUUUCGUCACCCCGAAGGUGAAGAAGCAAAAGCAUUGGGUAAGAAAGAUCUUAUCUUUUGUCAUGACUUCCAGAAUAAGGAAUGCCGACGUGUCAACUGCAGAUUCAUUCAUUGUACGAAGCAGGAGGAAGAAAUGUACCGUACUAGUGGGUACAUUGCAGAUCACAUUUUAGAAAGUGUUAACCAAAAGGGAGGUGGCCAAAUUCUGUCAAGCAUACCUGUUUGCAAAGAUUAUCUCAAAGGUGAAUGUAAGAGGGGUGGAAGAUGUAAAUUUAGGCAUAUUACAUCUGGACAGUAUCAUAUGGAGAACAACAAUCUGAAUCCCCAGCGCAGAGCUCCAUUUGAAAAUUUUGAACAUCCUUUUGAUGGGUUUGGAAUAUGUGAACCACUCCCUAAACGACAAGCUUAUGAAGAUCAGUUUGUCCCAUUCACUGGAGGAAAUUCAAUGCCAGAAUCACAUCAAUUUUUGCCCCAGCAUGUCCGCUUAUUGCAAGAGGAGAAUAGUAGGCUUAUGCAUAAAAUAGAGGACCUCAAGAAACAGGUUCUCGAUCUAACAGCGACCAACCAAUUUUUGCGCGAACAAAAUGAACAAAUUCGGGGACUAGCAAGCAAGGAUUGGUAUAUGUCUCCGUACCAAAACUCUUAUCUACCACAGUGAGAGCAAUCUUAGUAGCUUUUAUGUCUUUUGUCAUAUGUCACAUUAAUGUUGUUAUACAAAUUUUAAGGCAUUGAUGUUAGUACAAAAAAAUUAUAGAAAUUUGAUGGAAACAAAUCUGGUUGACUAUAAAUGUUGAAUCUUUUAUUAUUAUUGAUGGUUCAAAAUGUUGUUUUUAUUUGUCUUUGGGAAUUUGAAUAUAUAAAUGUUAUGUUUACUUCAUUCAUAGAUUUGAACUCGGUGCACAUCGCUUAUAUUAAUGAUUAAAGAUUAUCUGUAGUGGAGUCUGAUUGAUGCAGUAUUUUAAAAGCUGUAUUUAUGUAACACAGUAGAGUAUCAGCAAUGAAGAUUAAUUGGUUUUACUUUGCAUCAAUUUUCAUAUACUGCAUUGAACUGUCUGCAGUUUCGUGCAAAAUUAUUGAUGUAGUUUUCAAUACGUAUUUUACUAACCAUUUAAAGGUACAUAAGCUUAAAAGUAUUGUGCAUUUUUAACUGCAUAAUUUGUACCUUUUCAUAAGAAUUUUUUGCUGAGCAAUUCUUUAAAUUUCAAAAAUGUAAGUGUUUAAAGAAAUUAAAAAGCUUUAACAUUUAACAAUUCAUUACUUAUAGCCAGAUAUUAAAUUUAAAUGAUCAGUAAAAAAGAAAAAGAAGUAAAAGGAUAAACAUGUCAAUAAUUUUCUAAUUGUUGCAUGCUUCUUUUAGACAUUUUUAUUUCCCUUAUCUUCUUGCAUGUUUGUAUAAAAAAUGGAAUUUUAUAUUCAUUUUUACUUAUUUCUCUCUUCUCCUAAUAUAUGCAUGAAUUAUGAAAUUUUUAGCGAUUAUAUGUUCUUGGCUAUAAUACACUAUUUUAUAAUUUUCAGAUUUUAACUAUCAGUUAAUCAUGUAAAUUAAUUUUUUUCA